CACAAUUGAAACCGACAAAAAUUAUCGGAAAACAACUUUCAUUUCCACUAAACCGAAAGAAUUAGAGCAAUACCUGUUAACGAAAACUGCGAAUAAAACACCACUUGAACGACCUAAUCAGUGCACAAUUCGACAGAAAUUGCAUAAACCAACAUCUUGACCUCAAACAUCAAUCACAGACGAUAGAAACCAUGGCAGAAUCGAACAACAGGGAACUGAUCUCGUGCUUCGAGUGCCCGGUGUGCUACAACUACGCACAUCCGCCCCUACGUCCGUGCGUUUCCGGCCAUAUAUUUUGCAAUGACUGCUGGGCAAAAGUAAGUAACUGCCCGAUGUGCCGCGAAAGGAAAUCGAGCGCCAGGGACUUGGUGCUCGAGUCGAUCCAUGGCAAGCUGACGUUCCCGUGCAAGUUUGCGUCGGCCGGAUGCAUGGUCACUCGCAAGGGUGACGUGCUCAAGGCUCACGAGCAGAAGUGCAUGUUUUCGGGGAGGAGGAGAUACAUCGUGAUGUUGGAGAGGAUCCGCGGCCUUUUGAAGGAUCGUUUUUGGUAAUCAGUAGAUGAACUGAUACCACGGAUGCGGUUCCAGACCAGGAGAAGCACGACUUGCACCGUGAUUUUCUCUUUUUUGAGAACGAGUCUGCUUUAAUAUUUGCCUAAAUAUUCCGCAUCAUAAUUAUUUAAUUCCAGUGAUUACUUAUACUUUAUUUAACUUAAUUUAUUGUUGUUA